CCUCAGCAUGAGCCAGUUGAGUCCAGGGAGACCCUUCUGCAACAGCAUGACAAGGAUGUGACGGUACCUCGUCACAUCCCACGUCUGAGGGCUGUGGUUGAGAGCCAGGCCUUCAAGAAUGUGCUGGUGGACGAGAUGGAUAUGAUGCUGUCCCGGGCGGCCACCCUCAUCCAAGCCAACUGGAGGGGCUACCAGCUCCGGCAGAAGCUGAUCUCCCAGAUGAAGGCAGCAAAGGCCAUCCAGGAGGCCUGGCGACGCUUCAACACCAGGCGGCUCCUCCGUUCUGGCAAGACCGUGGAAAAGAAAGUGAGUGUGGAUGAGGGCGACAUCCCUUACCAUGCCCCCCAGCAGGUGCGGUUCCAGCCUCCAGGAGAGGUCAAGCCUCCUGUGGCCCAGCCCGUCAUGGUGAGCAAGGAGACCCAGUUCCCUUCCUCCGACAGCCUGGACAUCUGCACCCACCAGCUGGCCCUGCUCCAGGCCCAGGGUGGUCCCCAGCCUGGCAUGCAGGUGCCUGGCUCCACUGGGGGACCCAGCGUCACCUUCCUGCCCCACCAGACCAUUGCCAUCAGACUGCCAUGUCCGGUGAAUCUAGACGCAAAGUGCCACCCGUGCCUGAUGACGAGAACUGUCAGAAAUGCUUGCCUUGUCCAUGUAGAAGGGGACAUGGUGAAGACCAAGCAAGUAACCACCAGAGCCAACAAAGCAGGAGCCCCGGGGCCGCCCCCAUGUGGGAGGUAUGCCCAGGCAGUUCACGGGUCCCUCAAGACCCAGACCCAGGGCCACGUGGAGACAGAGGUCCUCAAAGCCCCACCCCAGACAGGCCCAGCCCUUGUGAUAAAUAAGACCGCGCCCCAGAUGUAUCCGGUGACCACGAUGACCAAGACCCCGCCCCAGCCAUGCGCGGCGCCCAUGGUGACAAUAGCCAAGACCCCACCCCAGGUAUACCCAGCGGCCCGGAUGACCAAAACCCCAACCCAGAUGAACCCAGCGGCUGCCGUGACCAAGACCCCACCCCAGCCGUAUCCUGCUGUUGCGAUGCCCAAAAGCCCACUCCAGUCAUGCCUGGCAGCCAUGAUGAGCAAGACCCUGCCGCCGCCGUGUUCUGCGCCCACAGUAACGAUAACUAAGGCCCCACCCCAGACUUACCCGGUGGCCCCAAUGGCCAAGAGCCCACCCCAGACGUGCCCGGUGGCUGCGAUAGCCAAGGCUUCACCCCAGACAUCCCAGCCAGCCACCAUGACCAAGACCCCACUUCAGUCUGGCCUGGGGGGCAUGGUGAACAAGACCCCAGCCCAGCCAUGCCCAGUAGCCCCGAUGUCCAAGACCCCCACCCAGAUGCGACCCACAGCCUCAAUGACCAACGCUUCACCCCAGACACGACCAGCAGCCAUGAUGGCCAAGAUCUCACCACAGAUAUGCCUUUUGGCCUCUAUGAUCAAGCCCCCAACCCAGACACGGCCCGUGGCCACCGUGGGCAAGGCUCCACCCCAGACGUGCCCAGUGCCCGCCAUGGCCAAGACUCCGGCCCAGAUGCGCCCGGCAGCCCCGAUGACCAAGACCCCACUGCAGACAUGUCCAGCCGCUGCCAUGGCCAAGACUCCAUCUCAGAUGCUCCCGGGGACCUCCGUGACCAAGACCCCUCCCCAGACGCGUCUGGCAGCCAUGGUCACCAAAACCCCAGCCCAAUUUCGCUCCAUGGCCGCCAUCCUCAAGACCCUGUGCCUGCCACCUUCAGCAGCUGGAAAUCUGAAGUCUUCCCCUCCGGCAACUGUGGCAGCUGGGAUUCCCAACGCCUCAUCCCGCACGUGUCUGAACGGACUGAAGGCCAAGGCCAUGGUGAACGCCAAGCAGACCGCCGGGAUGGUCCGGGUCUCUUCUCACUCCUACCUGGCUGAGGGAAAGGUUAAAUACUUUAACGCACCACAUCUGGGGGCUGGGGCCCCCAAGGCUCCAGCCAGGCCUCCUUUGGAAGCUGAAAGAAUGAAGGCCUUUUCCCAGAAGCAGGUGAAAAUGGAAACAGUGUCCAGUUCCAGUGUGGCCAUCGAAAUGUCCCGGGCAUCCCCCUGGGUGAAAAUGGCCGAGGACAGGAACAAGUCCCUGUUACAGACAUGCCCGAGGGCAGAUGUUGUGAAGGUUCAGUCCCAGGUGUACGUGCCCAUGGAAACGGCCGUGGUCCUGCCCCGGGCACAGCUGGCCCCGUGUCCGACCAAGGUCCCACCCCAGACACAUCUGGAGACCUGUCUGGCCAAAGGGCUGCCCCAGGAGCAGCUGGCCACCUGUACGACCACAGCCUCGUCCCAGGGGCAGCUGCUGGCUGAACUGACAGCAGCUCUGCCCCAGGCACACCCGGGCACGUGUCUGUCCAAGACCAUGUCCCAGGCCCAUCCGCCCACCAAGCUGACCCCAACUCAGGCUCAGGCACACCCGGGCACGUGUCUGUCCAAGGCCCUGUCCCAGGCCCAUCCGCCCGCCAAGCUAACCAAGACCCCGUCCUUUGCACAUCUGGGCACGUGUCUGACCAAGGUGCAGUCCCGGGCGCAUCUGGCCAGCAGAGUGAUAAAGGUCCAGUCCAAAGCACAUCUGUCCACCGAGCUGACCAAGGCGCAGUCCCAGGCCCAGCUGGUCACAGAAACAGCCAAGUGCCUCUACACAGCCCAGCACUCGGCUGAGCUCAGCGGCAAGACCCAGUCGCAGCCACUCCUGGCCGGGUUCAAGGUCUCCACUCAGCCCUGCAAGCGUACUGGUGCCCUUGGCAAUCUGCCCCAAGCCAAGCCAGAGGACAGACUAACCCAGAUCCAGCCCCACAGCUAUGUGCAGGGCAAAGGCACCCAGGGCCCAAGCCAAGGGCCCUGCGAGACCAAGAGCACGCUGGUGCCUCUGGCGGCCUCUGCUGGACACCCCACCUGUAACAUUGAAUCCUGGGGUGACAGUGGGGCCACCCGGGCCCAGUCACCGAUGCCCGGCCCAGCCACACCCUGUCCAGAAGAGCUGGCUGCCUCCCAGCUUGCCUCCCUGUGCGCCGAGCUGGCCGCUGAGCUGGGAUCCCAGGAGGACCUCCGCGCCCUAUUGACCAAAGCCCUCUCCCAGGGGCAAGUGAGGGCAGCCCUGAACCAGGCCCUGUCCAAGAAAGCCCUGGGCUCCACGAUGGCCAAGGCCCUGCCCCAGGGCAAGCUGGGAACGGCGCUGAUGAAAGUGCUCUCCUGGGGCGAGCUGGGCCUUGCAUUGUCCCGCACCCUCUCCCCUGGUGAGCUGCGGGCAGAACUCACCAAGGCCAAGCAGGGUAAGCUGGCGGAUGUGCUCAGCAAGGCCCUGACAGAGGAGGAGUGGGCCGCUCUGAGCCAGGCCCUGUGUCAGGGGGAGCUGGGUGCUGUCCUCAGCCAGUCUUUGUCUCAGGCAGCCCUGAGGACUGGCGUCGUCCUCCCCAAGGCCGCCUCGAAAACAGCAGGAAGCAGGAUGUCUGUGAUUCCAGCCCCCGUGGAGGUGGACUGCAGGGGGAACCCAGCGGCCGCAUGGGGGUCCGCCGUAGGCCCCGUGAGACCACAGCCCAGCAAGGGCCCUGUGGACGCUGGCAUAGCUGGCGGCCAAGCGUGGAACUCUGUCGCCGUCCCCAGUGGAGCGGCCGGGCCCACGACCAGCGCCGUGGCCCCUGGCGGCGCGUGGGAUCUGGCCAGGGCUUCGGAGCCCUGGGACACCGUGGGCAGAGAGGCGGCGGUGGACCCCAAACAGUCGGGGGAACAGGUGGCGUCGCUGCAGGCUGUGGAGAAGGUCGUCACCCGUGCCGUGGUCACCAUCCAGGCGUGCGCCCGCGGCUACCUGGUGCGCCGAACCAUCAGGGUGUGGCACCAGUGGGCUGUCAUCAUCCAGGCCGCCUGGCGCGGCUACCGUGUACGGCGGGACUUGGCCCGGCUCUCUCAAGCGGCCACCACCAUCCAGGCCACAUGGCGAGGCUUCCGCACCCGCCAGAUAGAGACCCAGCUGCAGUUGCUCCCCGGUGUAUGGACCAAGGCGGACGGCAGUACCAAGUCCACAUCAGACCACCGCUGUUUCCAGUCCUGCCAGCCGCGCGUCUGUCCCCUCUGCCAAUCCCUGAGCCCCAGCCUGGGGAGCCCGCCCAGCGUGGUGAUGCUCGUGGGCUCCAGCCCCCGCACGUGCCACAUGUGCGGCCACACCCUGCCCACGCGGGUGGUGCAUGGCAUGGGUCGGGGCUCCAGGGUCCAGGCCAGCGCACCAUGGGGCUGCGACUCCCCGAUGGCCUCCCGGAGCUCCCAACAGUCCCAUCUCCAGAAUAAGGCAGCCACGACCAUCCAGGCAGCCUGGAGGGGCUUUGCCGUGCGCCGCCAGCUGAGGCAGCAGCAGAUGGCCGCGAGGAUGCUUCAGUCCAACUGGCGCGGCCACCACACCCGGGUCGGUCUCACUCCAGAUGCACUUUUGGGAGCAGCAGCGUGGGACAACCCAGAGGACAUGCAGUGGCCGGGCGUCUAG